AUGUCCCAGGCCCAGCGCUUUGGGCUGGUGAGGAGCCUGGUUGCCAUUGAAGCCAAAUUAGUUGAAACAGAGAUGCCAGGCUACGGAAGCCUUUAUUAUAGAGAUGAUCUUCAACUGACAGACCGGGCAUCUGCAGCAGAGUACUUUUCUGCAAUCGCAAAGCGUGAGGUGGAAUGCAUUCGCACCGCUGCGCAAAAUGAACCCGGCCUCAUGGAUUUUGGAGGAAAGGAUACAGCGCGCGAAAUCCAUAUCAAUCUUCUCAACUACCCAACUUUGUUGCAUCGAGAUCUUCAUCUAGAGAACAUCUUCGUUGACAGCGCCGACCCAACCAAGAUAUCAGGCAUAAUCGACUGGCAGUCAACCUAUUCCGCUCCGCUCUUCAUGCAAGCGAGAUUCCCCUCAGUUUUCGACUGUGACGACCCUUACCCUUGGGGCGCGGUCUAUCCUGAACUACCAGACGAUUUCGCCGACAUGCCUGAGGAUGCAAAAGUAGAAGCACAGGAGCAGCUCAACAGAGUCCGCCUCAAAAAAUUCUACGAGAUGGCGUCACGCAAGUUCAACCCGGCAAUCCCUCGCGCCAUGGACGCAUUCCUCAAUGAAAAUGAUGAUCCAGUCUCCUUCAUUUUCCCUCUUCUUGAUCAGACAGCCGUUGAUGGCCCGAUACCACUGCAGGAACUACUUAUCCGGAGAUUUGAGCGGUGGGAUGAGAUGUGUGAGAGGCAGGGGGGUGGAUGCAUGAUUCCGUGCCCGAUUAACUAUUCGUCGGGAGAUAUUUCAAGAUUCCGAGCGGUAGUUGAGGAAUAUGCAGUGGCUCAUGGCAAGUUUACCAGCCUUCUGGCACAGGUUGGAGGAGGGAAGGAUGGGUGGGUGUCGAAUGAGGAGUUUGAGAAGGCCAUGCACUUGUUUAACCAGCAUAGUGGCGUGGUUAUUUUCACAUCCGGAACGACCGGCCCUCCGAACCAAGGCCCCAUGAUGCAGAUGGCCUUUAUAACACCUGGUUGA